GUGUAUCUUGUGGUGCAAAGGGGGGAGAGGUCGUACACUGCCACCUUCACCUGAGCUGACUCGGCUCGCAUCAUCUUCCUAUCACAGGGCUGGUUCAGAAGAGCAUCAGAGGAGGAAGUGGUCUUCCUGUACCACUGACGUCACAUUCAAAACACAACAGAAGAUAUAAGAAAUAAAAAAAAAUAAGUGGAAGUGAGAAGCAAGUACGUAGUGAUAAGUGUCUUAUUAACUGAUAAGCAAUGAUAGUCGCUUUAAAUGGGUUUGAAGUGGUGAUUUAAGUGUGCCUAAAGUAUUGAAGUUUUACCCGACCUUCCUACCUCACCACACACCUUCCUACCUCACCACACACCUUCCUACCUCACCACACACCUUCCUACCUCACUACACACCUUCCUACCUCACCACACACCUUCCUACCUCACCACACACCUUCCUACCUCACCACACACCUUCCUACCUCACCACACACCUUCCUACCUCACCACACACCUUCCUACCUCACCCCACACCCUCCUACCUCACCCCACCCCCUCCUACCUCACCCCACACCCUCCUACCUCACCCAACACUCUUACCUCACACCCUCCUUGCCUCGUACUUCUACCUCCUCCUAAGCCCCCACCUUCUCUCUCUCCUGUCACCCCCUCGCCACCACCACGUCUCCCCCGCCCACCCAACUGGGUCUGGUCAUGGCCACGGGUUCACCCACGUGUGGAACGAUGAAUAUGGAGGUGGGUACGCCCGUUGGCACGCCCGCUGGCACGCCCACACAACCACAGACUCAUCACUUCCACUCCACGCCUGACCACGCCUCCACCGCACUCCACGCCAUGAACAAACUCAGGAUCAACACUCAGCUGUGUGACAUAGAGCUUGUGGCUGGUGCUGUGUCAGUGUUCGCUCACCGUGUGGUGCUGGCAGCGGCUUCUGCUUACUUCCACGUCAUGUUCAACAGUGACCUUGUGGAGAAGACCCAGGAAAGAGUGGCGCUGCAGGAGUUAGACUCGACGGCACUUGAACUUUUGGUUGAGUACUCCUAUACGGGCGAGAUCGUCAUCACUGAGGAUAACGUGCAGGUGCUGCUGCCAGCCUCCAGCUUGCUGCAGAUGGUGAGCGUGCGAGAGGCUUGCUGCAAGUUCCUCAUGAGGCAGUUACAUCCAUCCAACUGUCUCGGCAUCAGGAGCUUCGCAGACGCCCACAGCUGCGGGGAGUUACACACACGAUCACACAGAUUCGCACUACAGAACUUCCCCGAGGUGUGUGGCACAGAGGAGUUUCUCCUGCUUCCCUUUAAACAGGUUGAGGAGCUAAUAGCAUCGCCGCAGCUCAACGUACCGUGCGAGGAGAAAGUGUUCACAGCUGUCAUCUCGUGGGUCAAACACGACCUUCCUGAGAGGCAGAAGAUGGUCCCUGAGCUGCUGAAACACGUGCGUCUUCCGCUCUUGUCGCGUGACUUCCUUACCUCGAACGUGGACGCCGAGCCACUGGUGCGGGAAGAUUCGUCCUGUCACCACCUGCUGCUGGAGGCCCUGAAGUACCACCUUCUACCAGAGCAGAGAGCAACACUCACAUCCCCUCGCACGCAGGAGCGACAGCCAGAGGGUGUCAAGCCUUACCUCUUUGCCUGUGGUGGGGGUAGCUUGUUUGCUAUCCACAGUGAGGUGGAGUGCUACAACCCUCGCACCGACCGCUGGAUGCCCGUCGCUUCAAUGAACUACAGGAGGUCACGCUCUGGGGUGACUGCCCUGGGACGGUACCUCUAUGUGAUGGGAGGGUACGAUGGUGCAUGCGACCUGUCCUCAGCUGAAAUGUACAACCCGUCCCUAAACAAGUGGAUGAACAUUACAUCCAUGGGCACCAAACGAUCCUGCCUGGGCAUUGGUACCACCAGUGGCCUUAUUUACUGCGUUGGAGGGUACGACGGAGCGUCGUGCCUGAGCAGCGUGGAGAGGUACGACCCUCUCACAGGGUCUUGGACUUCGUGCCCAGCCAUGGCUACACGUCGACGCUACUGCCGGGUCGCUCUUCUCGAUAACUGCAUCUACGCCCUGGGUGGCUUUGACUCGACUAACUACCAGUGCACCGUAGAGCGGCUGGACCCACGGGUGGGCAAGUGGAUGUCUGUGCCACCCAUGAUGAGCAGGAGGAGCAGCUGUGGCGCUGCCAUACUCAAUGCCAUGCUCUACUGCAUAGGCGGCAACGAUGGCACCAUGUGCAUGUCGUCGGCUGAGAGGUUCAACCCUAGAAGGAAUACCUGGGAGCCUAUCACUGCUAUGCAUUCUCGCAGGUCAACCCAUGAGGUGGUGGAGAUUGAUGGAUUCCUCUACGCCCUGGGAGGCAACGAUGGCUCUUCUUCCCUCAACUCCAUGGAGAGAUACGAUGCCAAACUCAACAAAUGGGUACUCGUCACCUCCAUGCUCUCCAGACGGUAG